AUCCUGGAGGUCUAUCCUUUCCCAAUGACCAUCUCUGCAUUUCAGUUUGCCUUUGGGAGCAUCGUAAUAUUCAUCAUGUGGAGCACUAACGUUAAUAAAAGACCUAAGAUAUCUACUUCGCUGCUUGCAACAAUUCUUCCAUUGGCUAUUGUCCACACACUUGGCAAUCUUCUUACUAACUUGAGUCUGGGGAAGGUUGCUGUUUCUUUCACGCAUACAAUUAAAGCUAUGGAACCCUUUUUCUCGGUUCUGUUCUCUGCCUUGUUCCUAGGAGAGUUACCUACUAUUUGGAUUAUAUCUUCUCUCGUGCCAAUUGUUAGUGGUGUUGCACUGGCAUCCCUCACUGAAGCAUCUUUUAAUUGGAUUGGAUUUUGGAGUGCGAUGGCUUCUAAUGUUACCAAUCAAUCCCGGAAUGUUCUCAGCAAGAAACUCAUGGCUGAAAAAGAGGAAACUCUGGACAACAUAACAUUGUUCUCCAUCAUAACAAUUAUGUCUUUUUUAUUUACAGUGCCUAUAACUCUAUUUGUUGAAGGUAUCAAGUUCACCCCGUCUUAUUUGCAAUCUUCUGGUUUGAGUUUAAGAGAGUUUUAUGCUAGAUGUUUUCUUUCUGGACUCUGUUUUCAUGCUUAUCAGCAGGUCUCAUACAUGAUAUUGGCCAGAGUAUCACCGGUUACCCAUUCAGUAAGCAACUCUGUGAAGCGUGUGGUGGUCAUUGUAUCAUCGGUUAUCUUCUUCAAGACUCCUGUGUCAGCUAUUAAUUCCCUUGGAACUGCUGUGGCAUUAGCAGGAGUUUUCUUGUACUCAAGAGUGAAGAGAAUAAAACCAAAAGCAGAAUGAAGAAAGCUGCAAUUAUUCUUGGAGACCCAAGCCUUUAUUCGAGGGCGAUUAUUGCAUUCUAAUGAUGACUGCAUUCUUUUGCUGCCGACUUCACUCUUUCCAGUUGAAGUAUGGAUAGCCUCUCCUUUUUGUCUUUUGGGAUUUGUUAUGUGUUGAAAUUUGUCUGAUUGAAAAAAAAAUUCUUUGGAAUGGCAAAACCUGACUCAGGAGAAUCUAUGAUGUAAAGUUCAAAUUUCUCCAUCUGAAUACAGCUUUAUUUUCUGAAAAAACAGCAUGUCAGGAACAGUUCUUUAUGUGGAAGCUUAACAGCUCUAUUUUUGUCGAUUGCUAUCAA